GAACUCUCUGGGUGAGUGCCCCAGAUGGGGUGCCCAGUACACAGACCAAUAAGAACCCCAGAGGGGAAAGACUGGUCAUUUCCUCCCUGCGCUCUGCACCCUCCCCUGGGGCUUAGAAACCACAGUCUGUGGGCAGGAGGGACCUUUGAUCAGCGGGGACCCUGGGAGACCUGAACAUGGCAUCUGUGGAGUACAGCACCCCUGAGUACGACUAUGGCACUGCGACCCUGGACCCCAACAUGCCUGUGGACCAGUCUCCCAGCACCCGCAGGCUGUUCUUUCCCGACACCAUCGCCCUGGUGCUCUUCUCUGUCGUCUUCCUGAUAGGGGUGCCGGGCAACUCCCUAGUGGUCUGGGUGACCAGGUAUGAGUUCCAGCGGACCAUCAACGCCAUCUGGUUUCUCAACCUGGCGGUGGCCGAUCUCCUAUCCUGCCUGGCACUGCCCAUCCUGUUUGCUGCCACCUUGCAGCACGGCCACUGGCCCUUCGGUGACGCCGCCUGCCGCAUCCUGCCCUCACUUAUCCUGCUCAACAUGUACGCCAGCAUCUUGCUCCUGGCCGCCAUCAGCGCCGACCGCUUUCUGCUGGUGUUUAACCCCAUCUGGUGCCAGAACUACCGGGGCGCGCGGCUGGCCUGGGGGACCUGCGUCGUGGCCUGGAUCGUGGCCCUGCUGCUCACCAUCCCCUCCUUCCUCUUCCGCCGGGUGCGCACCGACCACUUUCCCUUGAGGACAACCUGCGGUGUGGACUAUGGCCCCGAUGGGGUCCUGGUGGAGAGAGGCGUGGCUCUCCUCCGGCUGAUCGUGGGUUUCCUGUGGCCGCUGGUGACGCUGACCAUCUGUUACACCUUCCUCCUGUUCCGGACCUGGAGCCGCAGGGCCACGCGCUCCACCAAGACACUCAAGGUGGUGGUGGCCGUGGUGACCAGCUUCUUCGUCUUCUGGCUGCCCUACCAGGUGACGGGGCUGAUGCUGGCGGUGUUCCCCAGGAACUCGGAGAACUUUGCCUUCGUGUCCAGCCUGGACUCCCUGUGUGUGGCCUUUGCUUACAUCAACUGCUGUAUAAACCCCAUCAUCUACGUGGUGGCCGCCCAGGGAUUCCACAGCCGCUUCCUCAAGUCCCUCCCGGCCAGGCUGCGGCAGGUGCUGACUGAGGAGUCCCUGGGCAGGGACAGCAAGUCCUUCACCCUCUCCACGGUGGACACCCCAGCCGUGAAGAGCCAGUAGGUGUGAGGAGAGGGCCUCCCAGCCUCCCUCCCAUCUGCUCAGUGCUCGCCCCCCUUUCCCGCCUGUCCCUUCUCUCUCUGCCUCUCUUGCCCCCAGCCCUUGGUGCGGUGCUGAUGUUUGAGUGAACGUUCCUCCAUUCCUUUCCAUCUUUCCCAGACGGGUCCUCCUGCGCUUGCAGGAUGAACGGGUCCCUCUAGGGACCCUCGACUUUUCUUUCCAUCCAAGGGCUUUGGAAACAAGCAGAAACCAGUAUUACUGGCAGCUCCCCCAACGGGUGUCCCCUCUGUCUGUCUGUGCGCAAGGGCAGGUGGUGAAUAGAACACAUUGGACACAGAGAAAACAGACACAUGGAAACAUUCCAACCUUUAAACAAUAGUGAUGUAUUUAUUUUAUAGAUACAUGGGGAAAAAAAACUGUAAGGACCCUCUCAAAACAUAUUCUGGUCAAGGACAAGGCAAAAUUCACUGCCUAAGCUUUUCUCAGCGAAUUGGUUUAAAGACAAGCAGCAAGUUAAACUGUUACGUAAUUGGGUUUUGAGAAAAUGCAUGAAGUCAAGAGAUGUUACAUGGUUCUGGUGGAAAGCAGAUGUGAAGGAGAGGUUGGGAAACGUUGGUUGGGGAUCUCGGGGUAAGAUGGUCACAGGGAAAUUUGACUUUUUACUUCAUAAACUGCUGUUUUGUGUGCACUUCU